AUGGUUCUCGCCCACCGCCUCCUCCUCCUGGUGGCCCUGCAAGCCUGGGAUGCCCAGGCUGCUCCGAAACGAGCGCAGGGAGCAGAUGAGGGCAUUGGCAGUGCUUAUCGAGCUUCUCGGCUGGAUCCUGGUUAUGAGCCUCGGGGGUAUCCCAGAGCCCGUGUCGAUCAAGCUACUUGGUGGAAUCCUGUUCCUGAGCCGGGGGGGCAUCCCAGAGGAGGAGUAAAACCAUUCCCGAGCCAGGGCAGCCGGGAGGCCGAGCUGCACCUCUCCGUCUCGCAGGUGACACAGGUCAGCGGGCUGCUGCAGAGCGUCUGGAAGGCCGAGCCCGACACGCUGCUGCCCUCCCUGCAGGAACUCUUCGCUGUCAUCUCCACCGCUGGUGAGCUCUUUGGAGGUUUGAUCCUGGACGUGAAGCGCAAAGCCCCGUGGUUCUGGAGCGACUUUCGGGAUGGUCUGAGCCUGCAGUGUCUGGCGUCCUUCCUCUUCCUCUUCUGUGCCUGCAUGUCCCCUGUCAUCACCUUCGGGGGACUGCUGGGGGAGGCGACCGAUGGCCACAUCAGUGCCAUGGAGUCACUGCUGGGCGCAUCCAUGACCGGCGUGGUGUAUUCCCUCUUUGCUGGCCAACCUCUCACCAUCCUUGGCAGCACUGGACCCGUCCUCGUGUUCGAAAAGAUCCUCUACAAAUUCUGCAAGGAGUACGCGCUCUCCUAUCUCUCUCUGCGGGCCUGCAUCGGGCUGUGGACUGCCUUCUUCUGCAUAGUGCUGGUGGCCACCGACGCCAGCUGUUUGGUGUGCUACAUCACCCGCUUCACCGAAGAAGCCUUCGCCUCCCUCAUCUGCAUCAUCUUCAUCUACGAGGCUCUGGAGAAGCUGAGUCACCUGCGAGAGACCUACCCUGUGCACAUGCACAGCAAGCUCGACUUCCUCACCGUCUACUACUGUAAGUGUGAGGCACCAAGCCAUCCCAGCAAGGCAACCCUGCGUUUCUGGGAGAGCAACGAGAUCGACGUGUCUGGCAUCGCCUGGGAAAACCUCACGGUGACUGAAUGUCGGUAUUUGCAUGGAGAGUUUCACGGACCUGCCUGUGGACGCAAUGGCCCCUACGCGCCUAAUGUCCUCUUCUGGUGCUGCAUCCUCUUCUUCUCCACCUUUGUCCUGUCGAGCUUCUUGAAGAAGUUUAAAAGCAGCCGUUACUUCCCAACCAGAGUGCGGUCCACAAUAAGUGACUUUGCUGUUUUCCUCACCAUCGUCAUCAUGGUGCUCACUGACUUCAUGACUGGGAUCCCGUCACCGAAGCUCCACAUCCCCCAUACGUUCAAGCCUACCAGAGACGACCGCGGGUGGUUCAUCAGCCCCACAGGACCCAACCCUUGGUGGACGGUGGUGGCUGCGCUCAUCCCAGCUCUGCUUUGCACCAUCUUGAUAUUCAUGGACCAGCAGAUCACUGCUCUUAUCGUGAACAGGAAGGAGCACAGGCUGAAGAAAGGAUGCGGGUACCACCUGGACCUCUUCAUGGUGGCCGUGAUGCUGGGGGUGUGCUCCGUGAUGGGGCUGCCGUGGUUUGUGGCUGCGACCGUCCUGUCCAUCACCCACGUGAAUAGCCUCAAAGUGGAGUCUGGCUGCUCAGCUCCAGGAGAACAGCCCAAGUUUCUGGGGAUACGAGAGCAGAGAGUCACUGGCUUGAUGAUCUUUGUGCUCAUGGGCUGCUCAGUCUUCUUCACUUCGGUGUUAAAGUUUAUACCAAUGCCUGUGCUUUAUGGCGUCUUUCUCUACAUGGGUGUGUCGUCGCUCAGAGGAAUUCAGUUCUUCGAUCGCUUGAAGCUGUUUGGGAUGCCGGCGAAACACCAGCCGGAUUUCAUCUACCUGCGGCACGUCCCCUUGCGAAAGGUGCAUUUCUUCACCAUGAUCCAGCUGAUCUGCCUCGUCCUGCUCUGGGCCAUCAAGGUGUCGCGUGCCGCCAUCAUCUUCCCCAUGAUGGUUUUGGCUCUCGUUUUUGUCCGGAAAGUGAUGGAUUUCUGCUUCUCGAAGCGAGAGCUCAGCUUUCUGGAUGACCUUAUGCCAGAAAGCAAGCAGAAGAAGUUGGACGAUGCCAAAAAUGAAGCCAAAGAAGAAGAGGAGUCCCAGAAGGUGAUGGAAGCUGCUGCUGCAAAUUGGGUUCAACUGAAAGUGGGGAAGACCAGCGACUUGGAUAUCCCACAGCAAAGCAGCGACAGGACCGAUCCUUCCGAGAUUAAUAUCUGGGAUGAAAUGUCGAAAACGACCGUGUGGAAGACUCUCCCUAUGAACACAGAAACAGUCUGA